CGAACGCGCGCGCUGGAAGUGUGCCGCGAGGUUAGUGUCGAAUUGUUGUUCGCGUGUGCUUUUCGUCUUCUGUCCCGCUUGGUGGUUCGCUGCGAGGUGUGAUCCUUUUGGCAUAUGUUGUCGACGGGCGAUCCUGUUUGCUCGUUGCAACUUGGUGAAAAGAAGUCUCCUGUUCAUGUUUUUUUAGAAAUCUACUUCUACUUGGUGGGUAGUGAAUUCUCAGUUCGAAAUUUUAGGUGAAAAUAUUCGACAGUCUAAAAUAAAGCUCGUUAAACUUACCGACUGUGAUCUGCACAAAAAUCAAGGCUGGCAGCUCAGUGGCAUCGUCGGUGACAAGUUGGAGUAGUUCAACCGGAAGGACAUCGCGGUUUUUUUCUGUUUGUCUGUGUGAACACGAAUGUGAACAACAAGCGAAAGGAAUACCGACUAGCCACAGGCGGUGAUUUUUUUUUUUCAAUAAAAGUAGAAAGGAAAAGUGUUCUGGCUGGCGGAUUCGAUCGAGUUGGUUGGAAACGGGUUUUGGCGAUGGUCAAUCGCGUCUGGGGUGAAUCAUUCGGAUUGAAUUGCUGAUUAGUGGCAUCGACAUGGCACCAUCAUAGGGGUGGCUAAUUUUGGAUCUUACUUUCAAGCGCGUGCUGUUUCCUUUUCCGAAGAAACUGUGUAGUGAAUGACCACGAGUCCUAAAACAAUUGGGUCAAGGUUAUUCCGUGAUGGAAAGACCAAAACGGCUAGCGACUAAACGAUUAGAUUAGCGAUGAUUUGAGUUCAAGAUCUGAAUUAGACAAACGGCCUCAAGAAACAAGCAACACAACGUGAAAAAACCUGCAGGAAAUCGAGCAAGCAACGAUUAGGCCCCAAUGUUUGGACCACCACGACCGCGAUUUUUCUUAUCCAAUCGUGCUAUGUUUAUGUGCUUUCCCCGGGCGGUGGUUCGCUAACGUCCUGUGCUACGAGGCGGCAAGCUCCAGCAGUUGAUUCCUCAAACACUUUAAAUACCCAACUGCGCUCCGAGGCUGUUGCCGGUUGCGUACAACACGGUGCUGGAAGGAACGCGGGAGGAAAAAUUAAAAUUUUCCACAAAAUUAGUAACGUUGUCCGCGCUUGGCUUGGGGUCUGUUUUCCGCCCCCGCCCAUCCGUUGACUGGCAAGAUUUAGAUUUCCGAGCGCUUAUCAGUUUCGAAUGGAAAAUAUCGGACCAACAAACCGCACUGGCUGCUCUGGUCGAGUGUCGAAUGCAAUCACGUGGAUUUUUCAGAAGAAAUCAUAUGGUAGCGGCAGAGCACGUGCCACGCUUGGUAAUUGGCCAACGGGAAAGCGUGAAAAGUGACGAACAUGUUCGAUAGCUUAGCGACGGAUAGUGAUGGCAAACUAGUAGAAUAGUUAUUAUUUUUAUUCUUUUUAUUUGCAGUGAAAGUGAAAGUGUGAUUUUCCGAGAAGUUGAUUAUUUUGAUUUCGGUGGUAUUGUUUUAUUCCGUUGUUGUUGGAAGAGAGUGUCCCUUGUUGGUAAAGGUUUUGGAAAGUGUGCUUGAAUCUACGUUUGAAUCCGAACCGUCGAAGUUACGCGACACCAUGGUGAUGUCACUGUAUCGGACUAUUAAAGGCCACACCGGGACCUACAAGCGCAGGAAGAAUCGACUGCUGGAAAGAAGCUUGGGCUCCCUCGAGGCUACCCUACCGCGUGAGAUGGUGUCACGGCGCAAAAUUUUGUCCCGUUCGCGGGACGAUCUGAAUCUGGACUCGACGUUCAUCGCCCAGGAGGAAGAGGAAGACGUUUGGUACCAGAAGGAAAAACUCUAUAAGGAACACAUCCAGGAAGUGCUGGACAAAUGGACACAGAUCGACGACGAAAUUUGGGCUAAAGUGAUCGUCUUCGAGCGGAACCGCCGCGUGGCCAAAGCAUACGCCCGUACCCCCGUUCUGACUAUCAACGGGUCGGAUGAUGGAUUCGACGGCAUGCGGAUCGGACUGUGCGGCUUCGACAACCCGAUGCGGGACCACAAGACGGAGGAAGUGAAGCGACACGUCGGGCAGGGAGUGAAAAUAAAAAUGGACGACGCCGGGAAUAUACUCAUCAGACGCUAUUCGAAAAGCAACGUUUACGUCAAAAGCACAACCAGUCAGCCGAACGAGGAAACGGCCAUCGGAGCAGACAUCCUGAAGCUUCCCGGGCAGGCCAUCGAGAGCGAGAAAAUAGUUAAGUUAUUUGAUAUGAAAAAGUUCCAGUCAAACGUGAACCGAGAGCUGCGACGUGCCUAUCCGGACCGCCGCCGGCUCGAAACCCAGUGCCUGUCGGCGAUCGCCUUCGGUAAAUCGGAAAACGAUGUCCUAGACUGUCCGAUUUGGGUGCUGAUCAUAAACGUAGUCGCGAUGGAUAUGCUGAAGAGUAAACUACCUCCAGUUCAUCGCCCGGUGGACAUUAAAAACCGGCCCCGGAUUCCGAUCCCCGACGAGGACCCGUACAGCAUCGCCGGAAACGGGGGCGGCAGCUCCGGCAGUUCCGGGUUUGGCGCGAGUGGCAGCGGCAUGGUUGGAUCCUCCCGGGACCACCUAAUGGGCCAGGGGCAAGUCAUCGGACAACGGCGCAGCGAGAAACCACCGAAGCUACCUCCGCGGGAUAAUCUGUACGCGUCGCAUGAUGUUAUGAAGCCCGAUUACGAUGACAUCGAGGACGAGAAUCGCGUCAAAUUGCCACGAGGAAAAUCAGACAAAGGCAAAGACAAUAAAAAAUAUGAUGAUCCCUACUACUGCGGACUGCGGGCCCGUGUGCCAAACUUUGUCAAAUCGUCCAAAUCGAAGGAGAACAACAACAACAGCAACGUGGCCAACAACAACAGCAGCGCCAAGGAAAGUGCUGCCAUCUCGAAGCGUUUGUCGGUUGCCCAUCUGCAGCAUCCGUCGUCGCUGCAAUCACUGCACCAGUUGCACCAGAUGCAUCCCCAUCACAAUCUGAUGGCCGCCCAUCAGCACCACCAGCAGCUCAUGUGGCAUGCCAGAAGCUACGAAAGUGGCAUCGAUUUCCCAUUCGUAGAUACCGACGUCGUUGAGUCACCCUACAGUCACAUGUACGGCCGGGUUCCGUUGCCGACGCGGGGCUACAUUCCGGCACCCCGUGCCAUGUACAUCGGCGAGUGGGACUAGGGGCGCACUACUAACUGGCACAGAAAGCUGACGGACAAACCUCCCAGAGCAACCGGACCGGAAGGAACUUGCUUCAAGUACGGCCAAGUUCCGGUUUGCACCUGUACUCAAGUGGAUGAAAUGAAACAGAAAAAAAAAACUCUUUCUACAAUUCUAUUUGGCCUUCCAAGUUUGCUCUAUCGAACUUUGGUUUCUUUAGCUUUUUUUCUAUGUCUAUUAGUUACGUAAGUGGAAUUACUAGUUUUGAUUGUUAGUGUAGAUAGUUACGUUUACGAAGAAGAAGAAGAACAUGCCGUGUGACUCAGCUUGGUGAAAUAUCCUUAACGUUUGGGGCACACGGAAUGAGACUUAAACAAGCAUAACACUUGAACUUGGACAACAUUAUAACGAUACUGCCAUUCAUCCAUUUUUUACGUUUAUAGUAAACGUUUCACCAGCUGUGAAACGUGCUUUCGACUAAGCCUUUCGGACUCGAACUUCUUUUUUCAGGACAAUCCUCUACGCGGCAGGAAGUUUGCGCGCGUGUGUAAAUAGUGGAAAAAUAAUCAGAAAAUCAAAAGCAAAAAAGAUUGACUGCAGAAAAUGGAUAAAGCAAGCACCUUUUUCUUCAACAGCGAUGAUCAAACAAGAACUAACUUUUUUAUGUAAAUAUAACCCUGCUCUUAAUCUAUAGUUAGGUGAGAAGAUGAUGAAUACACGAUUGUUCAAUCGAAUUUUAAGAGGAACAACAUAUUUUACUGUCAUUUAUCUAAUGUAUUCGCUGUAACCACGUAUUGUACUUGUACGACUAAGUUUUAACUCUCGCUGCAUGUGUUUAUCUAUUUAGCUAUAAGUCAGGGAAAACUAUCGAAAAAAAACGUAGAACUGUCCCCAGAGCGCUUGAGCGUGCUGGAGACAAAAUAAGACAGUAAAACUGCUUCCGAAUGAGAUAAAAAAAAAACCUUUGUAAAGUAACACGGUAUUUGGAAGUUAGCAAAACCAAUUACGAUGGCAUAAUACUCAGAAAACAACUCAUGUACGCGUCUGUUUUUAACCGCUCUGUAUAUUUUGUAAGGCUAAAUAAUCGACUUUUGUUUUUAGUGGCGACAUUUCACGUCAUCCCCUUCGCUAGCGGUAGCGGUUCCUCUCCUGGGACCAUUCGAAUUUUUGUCCACUAAUUUCUCACACUGUCUCUCCCAGUCACAGUGUGUUCGAUAGGAGACUUUCCACAUUUUUCUCGCAAAAAGGUACUCUGGUUAAGACCACCGACCGCAACCCAAAGCACAUGCCAUUCCAGUCUGCCAGUGUCACGAACUUUCCUGUCAAAUUUUGCUCCAACCGAAGCUGGCUGCAAACUUCGACUAUCCCUUCACUGCCAGAACUAAGCAAAAGCUUUGCCCCCUUACCAGGAACCCAACGUGGCACCGUUAGCGAAGAGAUGCUUUUUUGUUUUCGUAAUAAACCUUACUACGUACUAAUAGUCUGCAGGCAUGAGAUUGCAAUAAAAGUAGCCUUUAUACAUCUUUGCGAAGGGUGAGCUAAGACUUCAACUUCGAUCAAGCAGCGAACCUGACGGCGUUAGUCACUUUUGUACAGAUUCUACCGAACACAGACAGACGUACAUGCGUUUUACUUCUACCGAAAAUCUAUCCUUCUCUUGAACGUAAUUUUAAGUGCUAGAUUUUUACCCUACUUAGAAUUGUUACACGCCAGAAAAUGGAACGUUUCCAAGCACCCAGAAAUUUGGACUCCAUUUUCUGUUCGGCAGACAGAUAAGCGAUAACACACAGACACUCACACGCAUACACACACAAACACUUACACACACGAGAGAAAGAGUUGAUAUUUAUAAGACAGGAAUACUAGUUUUCCAUUAUUAAUUUGUCUAGACACUGGUGAAAGGGUCACAAAGUUUAUUGAAACACACUUUUCCAACCUGGUUUUGUUGGAGAGCGAAACAGAAGAAAAAUCCACUGCCCUCUCUAAAAACAGUUAGGCAAUAUGUAGCAGAUGAAUUUUUUGUUACGAAGAGCAGUGGAUUGUAUAUCAAAAGCCCCCUUCCUCUGACGUAUAUAAAAAGAACAAGUGCACAAGUGUUUAAAAAGACAGGCAAAAUGAAUGAACCAGAUGGUGAACAAACAAAAGUAAAACAAUGCAACAACUAUGAGGACACGUUACAAGAUUUAAAAAAAUUACAAGGGCUCCUCACAUGCACGAAUAUAUAUAAUUGUAUAACGCAAGUACACAUGUACCGUCUAUUUGGCGCAAAAAAGAGAACGAAUUGUAAGACCUACUAUACCCCCACAUUAUACAUUAUAAUAAUUAUUAUAUAGUGAUUGAUUGAUGUAUCUUAGUGAAUCGAAUGAAUUGAUUAUAAAAGGUAUUUUAAAAAUAAAAUAAAAAA